AGUUUCCGCAGAACCGUCGCUACGACGUUUGCCAAUCGACAUAUGUGCGCUUCGUCAUGGCUUCUCAAGACCAGCGAUACACGCUGUGGGGUUUUACCGAAGAAUUGGACUGGAGACGUUUGAAUUUCGCCGAGCGUAUUCCUGCUCACAGAAUAUGCAACGCGUGUGGCGUGCUGCCCAGAGUGACCGCUUUUCUGCCCUGUCGACACGUGCUGUGCAGCAGCUGCUACGAGCAGUGCGUGCACCAUGAGGGUCACGCCUGCCCACUCGACGGUGACCAGUUUCUUCGAGAAGAGGCAGAGUGGAGAGACUUUCCUUUGGAGAACCUUCUCAGGCGGAAGGUAAAAUGCUGGAAUGAAGAACGUGGCUGCGACAUAGUUUUGGCUGCAUCAGAGCUGAACAAGCAUUUCUGCAAUGACUGUGAAUACCACGCCACAUCGUGCCCUAAAUGUUCGAAGCUCGUGCUGCGUAGUAAUGUUGCCGGGCAUUUACAAAGCAAAUGUGAAGAUUAUGCGCUGUCUCUGACGUCCUGGGCUCUAGAAAAGUCAGACAGUGACCAAAAAGCAGUGAUGGUGGCUCUGAAUGCAAGCUUAGACGUGCGAGUAGUUGAAAUGAAAGAAAGGCUAGACGAUCUUAUUAGGGAUCAUGCUGCCCAAAAUGAUCACCUAACUAAUAUUUCACAUUGCAUCAACACGGUCAAGGAAACACUGCUACAAAGGUCGAGCGGAAGUAGUACCUUGGAUCACUUUGCUUCACAAUCUACAAAUACGUUAUCCUCAGUCAGAGCAGUCGAGGAAAAAUUGAUUGACCACAGCGGUGAGGCGCGCAUGCUGGCAGGAGCAAUAACAGAUUCAAUAAAAGACCUGAAGGAAGGCUUAGAAGACAUGAAGCGAACUGUCAACCACCUCAAAGAGAACAAUACGCAAAGCACGUUGCAAGCGGAGUUGAGAGAACGGUUGACGUCGGAUACCGCUGUGCUGAAGAAAACUUGCGAAGGUGUUGAUGCGCUAAAGGAAGCUUUUGGAAAAGUGUUGGACGGCAGCACAAGGACAAUCUGCACAAAGUGCGCAGGAAGUGUUGCUGGCAUUGCUGAAGUGGAGGACACUGAGAAGCAAGAAGGGCCGAGCGCAUUGAAUAAGGAAAAAGAGUUGGCCUUAAAUACAAUCAACAUAAGGCGGUAUGAGUUUUUUGCUAAGGGAUACAAAGCAAUGAAGGACGACGCCUAUUCGGAAGGCUUUCAUUCUUACUCGAGCGAGAAGACAUACAUGUGUGGCUAUCACGUGUCACCAGGAGUGUACUUCAGCAAAGAGGCAGACCAUGUGUUAUUGCAUGCUGGUUUUCAGCUGCACAAGGGUGUGAUCGACGAAUUCCUUCAGUGGCCUUUCAGUCAGGACGUUCAGCUGACCGUGAAACAUCCGUCCGAAAGUAAACGGCGUCAGACGCGGUGGAAAACGUCGGGUCAACUUAUGUCCUAUGGAAGGCCCGAACAAUCGAGUAACCAUAGCAGCUAUGCCCCCCUCCUCCCAAUUCACGUAGAUGAUCUUGAACGUGAAGGGUACGUCAAGGACGACAAGCUUCAUAUAGAGUGGGAGCUUCUUCCGAAAGACGUAGCAAAAUAAAUUAGGGGACAUUAAAUGCCCGAGCAGUUUUCUUUCCUGGAAACAAACUUCGCUCUUCCCGGCAACUUCGUUGAAGCCAAAAUAAAGCAUCGUCCUGAA